GUGGGGUUUGUGGGGCCGCCUUAUCGCCCCCAUGGCCCCCGCACCGGGCGGGCCCGCCCUGCGCCGCCGCGAUAAGGGGCAGUGGGCGCGCUCCGCGCCUCUGGGGGAGCCAAAGCGCUGAGGGGUUGCCCUGAUCUGUGCAGCAGAAGGCAAAAAUGUCUGCAACAUGCGACUUCAUUACACUCCACACUGGGCAGAAGAUGCCUCUCGUGGGACUGGGAACUUGGAAAAGUGACCGUGGCCAAGUGAAGGAGGCAGUGAAACACGCCCUCAGCGUGGGCUAUCGCCACAUCGACUGCGCGGCUGCCUACAGCAACGAAGCCGAGAUCGGRGAGGCCUUCCAGGAAUGUGUUGGGCCCAACAAGGUUAUUAAAAGGGAGGACCUGUUUGUAACAUCAAAGCUCUGGAAUACCAAACACCACCCAGAAGAUGUAGAGCCAGCACUAAGGAAAACACUUGGAGAUAUGAAACUGGAUUACCUGGACCUGUACCUCAUGCACUGGCCUCAUGCCUUUGAACGAGGGGACAAUCUCUUCCCAAAGAAUCCUGAUAACACRAUGCGUUAUGAUUACAUUGAUUACAAGGAUACCUGGAAGGCUAUGGAGAAACUGGUGGAAAAAGGUCUUGUGAAAGCCAUUGGGCUGUCAAACUUCAACAGUCGUCAGAUAGAUGAUGUACUAAAAGUGGCUACUGUGAAACCAGCUGUGCUCCAGGUGGAAUGUCAUCCUUACCUAGCUCAGAACGAGCUGAUUGCUCACUGCCAGAAACGAGGACUGGUGGUCACUGCCUACAGUCCCCUUGGCUCUCCGGAUCGCAUGUGGAAACACCCAGAUGAGCCUGUGCUUCUAGAGGAACCUGGGGUCAAAAAAAUUGCAGAAAAAUACAGCAAGUCACCUGCACAGAUCAUCCUCAGAUGGCAAGUGCAGCGUAAAGUGGUUGUCAUUCCCAAGAGUGUCACUCCUGCUCGCAUUCAGCAGAAUCUCCAGGUAUUUGAUUUCAGCCUGACAGAAGAGGAGAUGAGCCACAUUGGAGCCCUGAACAAAAACUGGCGUUACAUCGUACCAAUGAUUACGGUGGACGGAAAGCUGGUUGCCAGAGAUGCUGGACACCCCCACUACCCCUUCAAUGACCCCUACUAACUACUAGAAGAUAUGAUGUCAAAGUAACACAUUCCUCUGCGUGCCCUUCCACAAAGUAAUUGUUGCCACAAUUUGUCAWAAGCACGGUCCAAAUUGAAACAUUUCUUUCAAGCUGGUUUUUCCCACAAUGUACUUUAAAUCURUCUUCUUCCUGGAGAUCCUGUAACUUCUGUGCCAAAGUUUGUGGAUUUAUUACAAUGACUGCAAGCUGGCUCCUGGAAGCAUCAGAUCUUUUGGAGAUUAGAUAAAGAGUGAUGGAGUCUAAAUCAAAUUCCAAGCAUAUCGUUAUCAGACUAGGGCAUUACUUGGUAAUUACUUUAGUCACUAAUGUGAAACAGUUUAAARCUUUAGUUACUACCACGUUGAGGGAAAGAAAAGAGAGAAGGAAUGGAAGUUUUUUAAGGCUAAAGAAUUGCKCAGCCAUCAACUUUGAUAUCUUUAUUAGUAAUUUUUUACACAGGUAAUAAAGUGAAAUGUGGUUUAUA